AUGACGAAGACAACAGCACAAAUAGAAAAGGAACUCCUAACUAAGGAUAUAAAUACUUACGAAUUUGACAUAGAUAUUAGAGACUUGGAGCCAUUUAAAGAAACAAGAGUGUCAUAUUGGUAUUUUGGUGGUGUAGCGUCUGCUAUUGCGGCCUGCUGCACCCAUCCGCUAGAUUUACUCAAAGUACAAUUACAAACUGAAUUCGUAGAGACAAAAACGAAAACCUCCGUGCUAAACGUAGCACAAAACGUAGUGCGCCACCAAGGUAUUAUGGGACUUUACAAUGGCAUAUCAGCCUCUCUUUUGCGUCAACUGACUUACUCUAUGGCUAGAUUUGGACUUUACGAUAUUGGAAAACAAACUUUAUCAAAAGAUAACAAACCAUUACCAUUCUACAUGUCAGCCCUCUUAGCUGGAACUUCAGGUGCUGCCGGAGGAUUUGUUGGUAACCCAGGUGAUUUAGUAAAUGUUAGGAUGCAAAAUGAUAUCAAGCUCCAUUCCGAACAAAGAAGAAAUUACAAACAUGCUAUCCACGGUGUGUUCCGUGUGAUAAAAGAGGAGGGUGUGACCCAGUUGUGGGCCGGCACCUCGAUGACGUGCAUCCGUGCCGUUCUAAUGACCAUAGGCCAACUGUCCUUCUACGAUCAAAUCAAGGCUUUAAUGCUUUCCACACCUAUAUUUCACGAUAAUAUGGUAACUCACUUCUCAGCGAGUUUAACGGCUGGCGCCAUCGCUACCACACUGACUCAACCAUUAGACGUCCUGAAGACAAGAGCAAUGAAUGCUCAACGCGGAGAGGCGGGCGGCAUCGUAAAUAUUUUUUUAAACACUGCCAAGGAAGGACCUUUGGCUUUCUAUAAAGGAUACGUUCCAGCUUUCGUGAGGCUUGCGCCACAAACGGUUUUAACUUUUAUUUUCCUAGAACAACUGAAGUUACAUUUCGGCAUGAUUAAAAGGGAACCUUUGUAAAAUAGUGGACUAAUAUUAACGUUAAAUGUGUCUACUUAGCUAUGGAAAUAUCUCGCUAAAAUUGGCAGAAGCGAAGAGUUACAUGUUGCGCUGUAACCAAUGAUAUAAUACGACAUAACGAUUCCCUGUCUGCGUACCUUCCAGAUAAUACCUACAUAUGCAUAUUGUAUGUACACUCCGUAGCCUCUAUUACGUACGACUCUGUUCGGGAUACCGUCUCACAAGUUAAUAGUGUUGUCUUUGUCAUUUCUUUGGUAUAUUUCUUUUUUCUUCCUUUAUUUAUUCACCGCCUUCUUUACAUAUACACAUUUCUUUAUUUUUAUAUCUUUUAUUUUACGUAUUUUCUUUCCUAUCCUUGGAGAUUUUAGUAAGCUCGAAUCAAAUAUUUAGUUAUGCAAAUAAUAAAAUUCCUUAUUUUUUUAAAAUAAUGCUUUAUUUUACAACUAAAAUCACUUUGCAGUGCACACAUGUAUUUACGAGUACACUGAAUUUCAAAAACAAUAUCGCAUUUCAAAACAAUAUGUUUCAGUCCGACGUAGAAUAGAGAUUACUCAAACCAUUGAAUAAAUAAUUCAGAAGUCGCAUUUUUCACAAAUCGGAAUGUAUAAAGAACGAAACGGUAUAAAGAAAUAGUGACCAUCGUGGCAUUAGAAAGCCAAUUAGCACUCAAUACC